AUGGACUGCCCUGACACCAUACAAGUUGGAACCACCUCAGUCUCCAACUACAACAAGUCCACACCAAUCUUGGUCAACCCUGUGCCCAUGCAAGCUGGAUCCGUCGUCAUUUGUUCAGAGAUUGAUAAGGAGAUAUGCAAGUUCGUCUCGGUCUACCCCAACCCAAUCACAUCAGUUGGAUCAAUUCCAAAUGUUGUGAUCAAACCAACAUUUUGUUCAAAGUCCAAUGGAUCCAUCCAAGUGACCAACCCCAACUUGUUCACCAGCAUGACAUUGCGUGCCAAUUAUCAAGUGAUGAAUCCAACAUCGACUGGACUCUGGGAGAACUUGUCAUUCUUGAGUGAAGUUGGAUCAUAUCUCUUGGAUACAACAUCAGAUGACUGUGGUGUACAAAGGUUCUUCUUGAAGCUCCCCAGGUCCAUCCCACAAGUGGUGGUCACUCCACGCGACUCCAACAUCUGUCCAACCGACUACUAUGUCCAACUCUCACUAUCAGACCAAGUCAAUGGAACAAUCAAAUGGCUCAUUGGUGAAACUCAAACAAAUGACACCCUGGUCAAAGUUGAUCAAUCAGGAAUAGUUGUGUCAUAUUACUCAAAUGAUGGUGACAGGUGUAGUACCAGAGAUCCAAUCAAAGUUGAAGUCCCUCCCUCAAACUUUGAGUUGACCUGGAAGAUUGACAACACCAAUGAAUGUGUGGAUGGAACUGGAAUUGUGACUUUGUCUGGACAUGCUCAGCUUGUAGUGAUGGCUGAUUAUCCAUAUCGUACUAUCCCAUUCCUUGACGCGACCAACACAACAUUCAAGGCAGACUAUAAUACCAAGUACAAUGUACAGACAUCAUGCUCUACCGAUGUGUACGUGAUUAUGCCAACACAUCCACUGCCAUUACUCAUCGAGAAGCCCUAUCCAACCGAUCAAACAUCGUGCUGGUUCGACACUGGCUUCACAAUCCCCAACUACAUGGACUUCACCAACAUCUCAUUGUUCAACUCCUUCAACCAUAAUGUGUACUAUGCUGUCGAUGGUGUGCUGGACAACGUACCAAGAGCAGAGUACUACCUCAACUACACCUACAUCUCGGCCAACGGCAGCGCAUGCCCGAGCACCUCAUUGGGCAUCAAGACACCCAAGUACAACUAUAUCUACCGCCAGCCCAAGUUGACCGACAUCUCCUUUACCUACACUUUCGACCCGGCCCAGGUGUGUGGCACAUCUGUGGGCGGCAUCCUUACAUACAUCAGCCCAACGAAUGAGUCAAACACGCUCACAAACAACUACGAGCCAGGUCCUACCUUUGACAGGACCUACAGAAAGGGCCAGCUCUGCGACCUGUUUGUGAACACAGUUGUACCCGUCGGUACCAUGCCCGCGCCAACCAUCGUUGUAAAGAAUGCAUCAUGUCUCUACAGCUCUGAUGGUGCAUUCAACAUCACAUCGUCAAUGGACAACAGUGAUAUAUAUGUCAACGGACAGAAAUACUCUGUCCAGGGUCGUGACCCAGUCACACUUUCCAACUUGGACGCAGGAGUCUACAACAUUGUCGUCAAGAGCCAGGCAUAUGCUUGUGCUUGGACUGGCCAAGUCACCAUCGCCAACUCAAUGCCAGACUUUGUAUUCAAGUACCAAGUCACCAAGUAUGUCGAAACAUGCAUCGACCCAACUGGCCUCGCCAAAGUGACGAUUGAGGAUCCCGGCAACUAUACCAGGAUCAAGCCAGCACUCAAUGGAAGUGAAUUAACAUUGCGAGGUGCUGGUUAUGUGGCAUUCACUUAUGGUUCGUGCAAUGGACAAGUGAGCAUACCAGUCGUGCAACCAGGUCUCUUGACAAUCACCGCGAGAAAGUUACAGCCAGUGACCUGCAGCGAAGGUGAUGGCAUCUUUAUGUUGAUCGGAAAGCAAGGCGACACGGGCAUUCAUACAUACGAGAUCAACUCCGAGUCUGUGAUACUGACUAAUGUGAAACCAGGCGCCACUAACUACACUGUCAGUGCCGGAGCAUGCCAGACCACAUUCACAUUGAACACCCAGUUGGAGGACCCACUCAUUAAUGUAGAGACGACAUCAACUGGUACUAUUCGAGUCAGCUCGUCAAACCCUGACGUCGCACUCAGUGUCCUGCUGCCAGACCCCAACAAUAGCGCUUUAUCCGUCAUGUCCGACACCGACCCAUUCCAGAUGUCAGUGAUGGCUUCUGGUACAUUUAGAUUCAAGACUUUAUGGAGUGACCAGAAGUGCAUCAAAGACCUCACGGUCAAUGUUACAUUGUCAACCGAUCCAUCGCCAAACUACUAUGUACGAGUACCUGAUUGUGGACUUGAUAGCUUCACAUUUGUCCUUGUCAAUCAUGCCCAGUUCAUUGGUGUCACAAUCAAUGACAUUGAGUUGCCCACUAAUGGAGAGUUACCUGGUCUCACAAACAAUGGCGAGCGAAUCAACUUUAGAUACAUUUCAAUGGUCACAGGCAAGGCAAUUACCCUGUUAUUGAGUGUGAAUGUCGAGACUUCAAUACAGCCAGUCGACUUUGGCAAGUUGGAGAAUGAGACCUGCCAGGGCACGACCAAUGCUGUGCUGGGUGGUCUGUCGAGCUCCACAGUCUACCAGGCCAUACCCAAGUUUGGUGACCACACUGGACCAAACCAGCCUCAAUCAAACAAUGCCAUCACCACAAUGACCUCGGACAACUAUUACAUGUUCUCCUCACCAGUUGGUCGUCCAUUCUGCUUCAAGAUGCAUUCGCUCAAGGUGUCUGGCGGUGAGCCAUCACUGGCAGUCACACCAUCCUCAGCAAUAUGCACUGCCACAGACUUGGUGCCACUGAACAUCUCAUUUGGUUUGAACACCGCCAUCUCGCAGUUCAGCGCCAACAUCAAUGGAAGUGCAUACAACGCGUCAACCUUCCCAGUGGGUCAAUAUCAAAUCCAAGUCAACAUCACUGAUCCAGUGUGUAGACGUCGUCUCCCAUCACAGUUGGUCAACUUGCAACAACAACUCAUGAUCAACCCAACUGCCAACACAACACAAUGCCAACGCUUGGCAAUUGGUAUCAACAUCCCAGGUAGCUACUACAUCACAAUCGUCUCUGACACCAACAGUAGCAACACAAUCAACACUACAUUGGACAUUGUCAACACUCCUUCAAGCGACUUGUUGAUCGAUCUGGCCGAGGGUGGCAAUUACACAAUGACCAUAUUGAACACUGCCAAGUGUCAAUCAAUCAUUGGAUUCAGCGUGGAGAAGUGUGUUCCAAUCCCACCUGGUGCUGGAAAGAAGAAUCUAGGAUGGAUUGCUGCUGUUGUCAUUGGUGCCAUAAUACUUGCGAUGGGAAUAGCAUUUGCCAUUCGCAAAUGUAGGAAACCAGACCAGAUCACCGAGAUUGUUCCAGAGCGUAUCGAAUUGGAGACUGUUUCAAUUUACUCUGGAGGAAAAAUAUCCCAGCUAGAUAAAUUCUAA